CGUAUAGAAUUGUAGAUACAGUAUUUCCCAAAUUUAUUUCGUAUGCAUUGGCUGAUUCUUCUAUGUAGACAUCUAAUUGACGGUUACCCUCUAUUCAUCCCAUGAAAUCAUAAAAGUUUGAACCCAACUCUGAGUCUGUCCCAAAUUUCCAGAAUCUGGGUAUACUUUUUAGCUCCUCCAAUCUUCUUCUUCUUUUUGAUUUUUGAUUUUCCUGUUGUUUAGCUGAAUUUUAUAUGUAAUCUUGAAACUGGGUCUCCAUUAAUUUCAGUUCUCAAUUUGUUUUCGAUCAUACUAGUCGAAACUGGUACCUUUUUCACACCCAUCUAUAUUCUGCUUUUUCUUUUUCUUUUUGUCUUGUUUGUUUUUAAAAUGUCUCAAUAUCACUUUUCAUCCAAUUGUGAAAAAUUUCAGCUAUUUGGACUAGUGCUUUAGACUGUAGAUUAACCCAUAUAAAGCAAUUGAUCAGUGUUAUCACUUUUCAAAUUUCCACAAUCUGGGUAUUCUUUUAUCCGUUCCAAUUUUGUUCUUUUCAACUUUUGUUUUUGAUUCCCAGAGAGUGGUUUAUUGUUUAGCUGAAUUUAAUAUGUGUUGCUUAUGCUGGGUCUCCAUUAAUUUCAAUUCUUAAUUUGUUUUCGAUUAUACUAGUCCAAAUCAGUACCAUUUUCACAUCCAUCUGUACUCUGCUCCUUUAUUUAUUUAUUUUUAAUCUCAAUUUUUACCCGUGUGGAGCAAUUUAAUAUAGGUUUCCAUUUGCAACCGAGAAUUUAAUUCUAUAUUUUGUUUGUAAUUAUCUUUCUACCUUGAUCAAUAUUACCUUCCCUUUUGAACUUUGGAAGUCCUGUACUUUUUUUUCGUUCUUCCCAUAUAAAUUCAUCUAUAGAAAUUCCUCUUUCCCUUGAACUUCAAUUGCUAAUCUGAGACCCAGUUGAAUUUUUUAAAUUUCAGAAACCCAUUAGUUGUUCUGCCGUUCUUUUCACAUACAAUCCACCAUUCUUAAUAUAUGGACAUUAUUAUCUGGUAGGUAUCAAUGUCAUUUGCCUGUGGCCUCCCCAUUCUUGAAUGUGUUUACUGUCUGGCAUGUGCUCGUUGGGUGUGGAAAAAAUGCCUUUAUGCGGCAGGCCAUGAAAGUGAGAAUUGGGGCCUUGCUGUGGCUGGUGAAUUUGAGCCCGUGCCUCGCCUCUGCCGCUUUAUCCUAGCAGCUUACGAAGAGGAUCUCCGAAACCCCAUUUGGGCUCCUGCUGGAGGGUAUGGCAUCAAUCCAGACUGGGUAAUUUUACGAAGAAAUUAUGAAGAGACGGAAGGACAGGUUUCUCCUUAUAUGAUAUAUCUUGAUCAAGAUAAUUCUGAUAUAGUUGUAGGCAUUAGGGGGCUUAAUUUGGCGAAGGAAAGUGAUUACGCAGUAUUACUAGAUAACAGACUAGGGCAGACAAAAUUCGAUGGAGGGUAUGUUCACAAUGGGCUGCUGAAGUCAGCUCAGUGGGUUUUGGAUGCAGAGUGUGAGAUGUUGAAGGUACUAGUCGAGAGGAACCCGAACUAUACAUUGACAUUUGUUGGGCAUUCCUUAGGGGCAGGGGUUGUGACAUUGUUAACAAUGUUGGUGGUUGUGAACCGGAAAAAACUGGGGAACAUUGAAAGGAAAAGAAUCAGAUGCUUUGCAAUUGCUCCUCCUAGGUGUAUAUCACUAAAUUUGGCUGUGAGAUACGCAGAUAUCAUAAACUCUGUUGUGCUCCAGGAUGAUUUCUUACCUCGAACAACGACGGCAUUGGAAGAUGUAUUCAAAUCACUUUUCUGUUUGCCAUGCUUACUGUGCGUAAUGUGCUUAAAGGAUACGUGCACACUGGAGGAGAAGAUGCUUAAAGAUCCAAGGCGGCUGUAUGCAGCUGGUCGCCUUUAUCACAUUAUUGUGCGAAAGCCCUUCAGGAUGGGAAAAAUUCCCCCAGUUGUUAGGACUGCAGUACCUGUGGAUGGGAGGUUUGAGCACUUAGUCCUUUCUUGCAACAUGACUUCCGACCACGCUAUUAUUUGGAUAGAAAGAGAAUCUCAAAGGGCUCUUGAUUUAAUGCUAGAGAAAGACCAGGUUAUGGAGAUUCCGGCAAAGCAGAGGAUGGAGCGGCAGGAAUCUCUUGCCAAAGAACACAGCGAGGAGUACAUAGCAGCAUUACAGAGGGCUGCUUCUUUGGAUGUCCCUCACACUUUCUCGCCUUCUACAUAUGGAACAUUCCAUGAAAUAGAGGGAGGGGAGGAUUCCAGCAGACUAAAUUGGGGAGCAUCAUUCGCGUCAUCAAAUAGGAGAAAGAGCUGGAGUGAAUUUGUAGCGCGUCUUUUUGACACAGACGAGUCUGGCGAGAUGGUGCUGAAGAAGUAAGAAUAGGAUAACUGUUGCUUAGCCAAACCACAUUCAUUAUUUCAUUCAUGUUAUUCCCUUGUUUGGGAACACCAUGAUGGGCCUAGGUAAAAUUAUACCUUGGUUGGAUUUUAGAUAGUUUUUUUUUUUUUUUUUGGCCACUGUGUAUAGGAUAACCGUUUGAAAGAACACUUUGGUUAUAUAAUGAAAUAAACAAUGAGUAGAAUCUUUGUCAUUCUACUGUAAUUGCUUUA